ACGCUUUCAGAUAGCGAGAGAAAAUCGGUCUUCCCGCCGCCACAUACCCCACUCAUCAACGACCGAGUCAACCCAGCAACUGACCCUUCGUUCUCCUCGAGAUCAGCUCCUUUCCCGAUCUCAAUGCCAUCGUACGGUGUCUCUCAUUAGUGGAAUCCAUCCGUUCAUUCAUUCACCCUCUUAAUCCAACGUUCCAGAUCAUCUGGUGACUUGGGACGACUUGAUCUUAUUGCUGAUCUGGAGGAAAUAUGAACGGUGGAUAGAAGGGAAACUAGAGAUAAAACCGUGGCAUUCCUGAAAUAACCUUCGUCGCCGACUACCCCUAAGCCCCACCUAGUCUCCAGCCCACGCGCCCCACCGGGGAAACGCGUCGCUGCCGGCGCCGCCGCCGUCGUCGAGAAACGCGAUGGAACCGGAGUCGGAUCCUGAUCGGAAAGAGGAUCCCGAUCCGGCGCCGUCCUCUUCGUCUUCUUCCUCUCCAUCGCCGUUCGAGCUCCUCCCACCGGACGCGCUGCACGAGAUCAUGGGGCGGUUGACGCUGCGGCCGGCGCUGGCCGCGCGCGCGGCCUGCCGCUUCCUCCGCGAGGCUCUCCCCCCUGAAAGCCUCCCUCCUCUUCGCCUCCUCGCCCUCCGCCACCCUCGCCACUCGCCGUACACGAUCCUUGUCCUCGACCCCUCCUUCGCUUCCCCACUCUGGCUCAGCAUCCCUCUGAGCUUCCUCCCCUUUCCCUCUCCGUCUCCCGUCGCCUCCUCCCCAUCCCUUCUCCUGCUUUGGGCUGAUACCCCGCCUUCGAGAUCCCUCAUCGUUUGCAAUCCAUUGGCCCGAGCUUACCGCGUGCUGCCCCCUCUUGGCUCUGCUUGGUCUCGCCACGGCACCGUCCUUGCUGCCCCCGGCGGCGCUGCUCUCGUACUCACCGAACUCGCCGCUCUCUCCUACACUCCUGGCUCCCCACACUGGCUCAAAUCCCCCCUCAAUCUCCCUUCCAAACCCCGCAGCCCGAUUUUGAUGUCUGGAUCUAUAUUCACGCUUUGCGACAUCGGCUCGCCGUGGAGAUCUCAGUGGAAGCUCUUCUCUUGUUCGAUGAAUUGCUUGGGUGGCUGGACGCAGCUGGAGCGGCAUGACUGGGGGGAUGUGUUUGAUAUUUUGAAGAGGCCGCGGUUGAUCCCUGGGGCGGGAGGGAAUAGGAUCUUGAUGAUUGGAGGCUUGAGGUCUUCGUUCGCUGUGGAUGCGCCGUGCUCAACGGUGCUUAUCCUUGGUCUGGAUUUGGGGACGAUGGAGUGGGAUGAGUUCGGGCGUAUGCCUCCCGAGAUGUAUAGGUGUUUCGCAGGUGUUGCUGGUGGGAGUGCUGGGGGGAACAACAAGGUUAAGGUUUUCGGUGGUGAUGGGAGGGUGUGGUUCUCUGGGAAGAGGGCGAGGGGGAAGCUAGCCAUGUGGGAGGAGGAUAGGGAAGUUAGGAAGGGUGGUGGAGGCGCGUGGAAGUGGGUGGAUGGAGUACCCGGGUACACUGAGGGGGUUUACCGGGGAUUCGUCUUCGAUGCGGGCUUCACUGCCAUGCCAUGAGGAGACAAUGGCUUAGCCUGAUUUAUCAAAAUUAUUCCAAUGUGUUAGUAGCCGUAGCAACAUAGGCGGGAUCUUGGAUGGGUCAGUAUACAUGGAGGUCAUUCGAUAAUCUGAAGAUAAUAGUGUCAGCAUAUUGAUGCUAAGCACUGUUGGCAGAGCCAUGUGAUCAUUCAGGGAUCAUCAUUGAUAAGCCACAUCUCUGCUGGGUAAUCUUACCAAAGGAUCUUGUUUUGGUGACCCUCUAUAAGUUGUUCUAUAUCAUGUUAGGAUGCUUCUCUUUCGACAUCAUUUUAAUUGUACUUAUCCUUAUGUAAUGUUUCCGUUCGAGAUGACACAUCAACCGACUGCUUUACAAA